UGACGCACGGCGCUCCCUUCCUUGGAAAACCCCAUUUGCUGCUGCGCUCGUCCAAUCGCUGGGUGCCCUCGGCUCGUUGAGGCGCUCCGCUCCACUACUGCUUCCGUUUUUCUCUCUCUCUCUCCUCCCGCCGGCACCGAGGAGAUCCCCGUCCCGUCUCUGCCAUGACUCCUCGUCCGCGAAAGCAGCGACGCUCGAAAUGACUACUUUGGGUCGCCUCGGCGCAGCGUCGGGAGCGGAUGCGCUCGGUUUGCGCGAAAAGGCACCGAGAGGCGGGAGAAGUAUGCGGGAGCAGCAAGUAGAAAACCAGUCUCCCGCUCCAUCGAGGGCGUCGUCCUUUUUCAUAGAGAACCUACUGAGCAAGGGCCGCAGUGAACGGGAGGGCUUUGCGGCCAGCGCUCGGGGGGGAGCAGGUGUGGAGACGGUCUCCACCCGCAGACUCCACAACGACACCGGCGCUGCGGCACCAGAACACUGCGGGUCCACGGCUCGGUCCCCCUGCAGAGAGCCGCCGUUUCAGUGGUACCGUGCGGGAUCUGCGCUGAACUUCAGAGUUUUGGAAUUGCCGCACAGCCCAAGGGACAACGCAAGCUCCGAGGACCACUGCUUUUCCUCUUCUGCCAGCGACAGGGGAUCGCCCGCGGUGUCGGAGCCAGUAACGGAGGGCAGCGACGAAACCGAACAGAAAACGGGCGAGAGACGCCUGACGGACGACAACGAUGACGUCGUCGCGCGGAGCGAGCGUGACGCGCGGUCGGCGCGAGACGCGUCGUCGGACCCCGGUUCCCACCGGAAGAAGAAGACCCGGACCGUGUUCAGCCGCAGUCAGGUCUUUCAGCUGGAAUCCACGUUUGACGUGAAGCGGUAUCUGAGCAGCUCGGAGCGGGCGGCGCUGGCGGCGUCGCUGCACCUGACUGAGACCCAGGUCAAAAUCUGGUUCCAGAACCGGAGGAAUAAAUGGAAGAGGCAGCUGGCGGCGGACCAGGAGGCUGCCCACGGCCCGAACUCGACACAGCGGAUUGUCAGGGUUCCCAUUCUGUAUCACGAGGGACCCACGCCCGCGACGUCGUUGGGUUUCGGCGUGAACGGACACGCGGCUACCGUCAACUACCCUCUGUCCUCGUUCGCUCAUUCUAUGAGCAUGCUGAGGUCGCAGAUGGCUGGUUUAGUGUAAAGACGUGGGAACGGUUGAACAACACAAACAUCACACGAGUCGUGCAAUAGCCCACACCAACGCAGUGAACUGUACAAUACACCCAAAGGGACGAACAAAUGUAUAAAUCUACAUCAGUUUCUGUUCAGACUCUUCGCUCCUGUGACAAUGUGGACUGGAGAAACAGGGCCGACGGACGUGGGGGGGGGGGGAAAUAUUGUAUUGUAUGUCUGAAAACACAUAUUUUUGCAAACGUAACUUUAUAUUUAAUGCCACAGAUUUUACAACUUUAUCACUUUUUUCACGUAAAGGAGAAAUAAAAAUAU